AUGGCUAGCAGGAGAGUUUCCGUCGCGAGCGACGAUGAUUCAACCAUCAAAGUCGCGCCCAAGAGAGAACGAGGAGGCGAUAAGUUGUUAGGAAAUAUCAAAUUAAAGAAACAACCUCCGAAGCACAAUAAGCCGGGCAAUUGGAGAGAAGGAAGUAUUAUCGAUGUCGACGAGAAGAAGAAAGGAAUUGAUACACCAAGCGCGAAUUCGAUUCCAAGUCCUGGUCCUGUAGUUAAUAUGUUGGAUGAUGCCGCGCUUGAAACAUUUGCUACCGGCAGACCUCUGGAAGAUGAUCCCGAUUUACAAGUUUGUAAGCAUUGCAAGAAGAGUGUAUUGAAGACCGCAACAGUGUCGCAUGUAAAAGCAUGUUUGAAUGCGAAGAGAGUCAAACUGUUGAAGAAGAAGGAAGCGAAAGAAGCUAGGGAUAAGGUCAAAAAGAAGUUGGCAAAUAAAGAUGUCGAUGGAGAUGGAGAUACGAAAAUGGGGAGUGAUGAUGAUGACGAUGAGGAGGAGAAAGGCCCAGGUGGCUUUAAGAGUUCGAAGAAGAGCGCGGGUAAAAAUAAUGGGGAUGCGAAGGGGAAGAAGAGAAAGGCAGAUGGCGAGGGCGAAAAGGGCCCAAAACAGAAGAAGAAAAAGGAAGAGCCAAAGCCAAAGGCUCCGAAACCAAAAGGUCCAGUCGAUGUAGAACGCCAAUGUGGAGUCCUGAAAGAUGGUGUUCCUUGCGCCCGCUCCUUAACCUGCAAAUCACAUUCUAUGGGAGCCAAAAGAGCUGUUCCUGGUCGUACCUUACCUUACGAUAUGCUUCUUUCGCAGUACCAGAAGAAAAACCAAGCCAAACAACAAAAAGCAGCAAUUGACGCCAAUGCCCCUCUUGAAGACGAAGAACUUCUUAAUGGCCCUAUCGACUCUGACGAAGAACUUCUCGCCGUUCAAUCUGGUCUCGCAAAUUGGAAUCCACAACCUUUAGUCCCACCACUUAUACAAUAUCCAAUCCAGUAUCGAUACAGAGAUGAGAGACUAUGGGAACAAUUACACAAUGCUACAAAUGGAUUUACAUUGAAUAUAUGUAAGGUAGUCCAGAAAGCGACGCCGGCGAUGGAGAACGGAGAGAACGCUCUAGGAGAUGAGAUAAUGGGGGGAAUGGGAGAUGGUACGAAUGAAAAUGGAAAUGGGGACAUGGGCUUGCCGGGUAGAAGAUCGAGUGGAUUUUCGUUGCAGAGUGCUCCGCAGAGAAAACAAAGUAUGGCUGCGCGAGUUUGA